GGUUGCCUACCGAACUACCGAACAUCGGAGCUGCAGCAGAUCAGUCUGCCAUCCGUAAUACAGAUAUCGUUAUUACAAAAAAUACUUCUGCUUCCAUGAAAACAUUGCGAGUUAUUUAUUGAAGUGGUUUAAAAAAUCACCGAUUUCCGAUGAACAUUGCUUUCACCUCAGUACGCUCUCGUUCUGGAUUUUAUUAUGAUUGAUUCAGUUUAACCUCUUUUGUGAAUAUUGGGCUAAGUGUGCAAAUCUGGCCAAAAAACUCUACAACAAUGGUUCAAAAAUAUCAGUCGCCUGUUCGGGUUUACAAGUACCCGUUUGAACUUGUAAUGGCGGCUUAUGAAAUGCGUUUUCCCACAUGCCCGCAAAUACCCGUAUUUGUGGGCUGUGAAGUCGUGAAAGAUGAAGAAUCUGCAGAUGGCUCCAUCCGAAAAACUGAAAGGCGGUGUAAGCUCAUUGUGGAAGCUCCAUAUAUUUUAAAAAAGAUCAUUGGGGUGGACUAUGUGUAUUUUAUCCAGAAGAACACUUUAGACCGGAGGAAGCGGAGUCUCACUAUUGAAGCAUGCAAUGAGAGCUUUGCUAACCGUGUUGAGAUUUUGGAAACAUGCAGAUAUUUUGUGCAUCCAGAGAAUUCGGAUUGGACAUGUUUUGAUCAAGAAGCAAACUUAGAUAUCAAGUCCUUUUUUGGCUUUGAAAGCACUAUGGAAAGGCUAGGCAUGAAACAGUACUCAGCUAACAUUGCAAAAGGGAAAGAAAUAAUCGAGUUUUUUAUCUCCAAGAUGGAAGAGGAAGGUGUUACAUCUAUACCGAGAUGGAAACCAUCAAAUGCAAUUGGAGACACUGAGCAAAAUGUUUCAAAAGAUGAUGCUGAUAGAUCAACAGAGGGAACUUCAAAACUAGACGUCAAUCAGUGUGGGGAUAAGUCAAAAGAUUGUGCUUUCCAAUUGGACUCUGAUUACAUCAGACGGUAUUUGGGUGAACUUAGUGUUAUGGAAGAAUCUCGUUUAGUUCAAUUGCGCAAAUGGGUGGCUGAUCUACAAAAGGGCAAGAUGCCAAAUGAUGCGACUCUUCUCCGGUUUCUUCGUGCUAGGGACUUUAAUGUUGAAAAAGCUAGAGAAAUGCUCUCUCAAUCAUUGAUGUGGCGUAAGAAACAUGGAGUUGACAAAAUAUUAGCUGAAUAUCAAACUUUGACUGUCAUUCAAGAUUAUUUUCCUGGAUGUUGGCAUCAUUCUGAUAAAGAUGGACGUCCGUUAUUCCUGCUUCGUUUGGGACAAAUGGAUGUUAAGGGGCUCUUAAAGUCGGUUGGGGAGGAUGGUCUUCUAAAAUUGACAUUGCAUGUCUGUGAGGAAGGGUUACAGCGCACUGAGGAUGCUACCCGUACUGGUGGGAAGCCCAUAUCAACUUGGUGUUUACUCGUUGACUUAGAGGGGUUGAACAUGAGACACUUAUGGCGCCCGGGUAUUAGAGCAUUGCUGCGAAUAAUUGAAAUUGUUGAAGCAAACUACCCAGAAACUUUGGGGCGUGUUCUUAUUGUAAGAGCUCCGCGAGUAUUUCCUAUCAUGUGGACUCUUGUCAGUACUUUCAUUGAUGAUAAUACAAAGGGCAAGUUUCUUCUUUUUGGAGGGAAUGAUUAUCAAGAAGAAGGAGGCUUGGUAGACUACAUUCCAGAAGAGUAUGUCCCUGAAUUCCUUGGAGGUCCUUGCAAGGCAAUGAUCUGUGAAGGAGGUCUUGUUCCUAAGUCUAUGUAUAUGACAGAAGUUGAACUAGAAAAAGAGGGAUGUCCUUUGACUGAGGAUAGUAUUUAUCGUUCAGUUACUCUUGGCAGAGGACAGGUACAUGAAGUUCAAAUCAACAAUGAUGAUCCUGGCAGUGUAAUUACCUGGGAUUUUGAUGUUAUGCGUCAAGAUGUUGUUUUCUCAGUCCUACACACCAAAGUUCCUCUACCUAUGAAAGAGACAGUACAUUCUCCUACUGGUACUUUGCAAUCUUUUGCUGAACACAUGAAUCCACUGGCUGUUGAUCAUGAACAUCGUUCUGCUAUUGACAAACACUGGAAAGAAGGAGUGGAUUUUUUCAAAAUGGAGCCAUCUAUUGUGUGUCAUGAUGGUGAGAGUAUUCAGGGGUCUCAUGUGGCCACACAAACUGGUACCUACAUUCUUCAAUGGAAAUUUCAUUGCAUCCACCAACUUGAUCUUCUUGACACUAUAACUGCGCCUAAGGCUCAAGUUAUGUAUUUCUUUGAACAACUCAAAUCAGCUGAUUACAGGGGAUCGAUGUGCAGUCUCCAGUCAGGCAAUAGUGCUCUCUCAACAAUGAGUUUAAAGUCUGGGGCUAGCUCAUGCCCAUCUAGAUGAUGGCUAAGCCCCGCCGAUGCAAACCCUAUACCUGGAAGCAGCUGACAGAAUGAAGUAAGGGGAUGCUAGGCGGUACCCAAAGCAUUAUGCAUUGGAACUUGCAAACAGAUGUGCUUGCCUUAGACAUAACUUGGUUGCACAUCUCUCUGAUUGCAGAAGAAAUAAAUCACCUCUUUGUAGAACAAUUUGUUUAUCCUUCUACAUGCCGAUGCCUAUCAUCUGUGCCAGCUAAUUUUCUGCUUAGCAAAAUUUUGCAUUGCAUAGGCCAUUUAUCCAUAAUUGAAGUGAACUAGUUUGUUGUAAGUAACAAAAAAAGAUUGAGGAGUUUUGAGAUCAGUGCACACUGAUGCUUUGCAUUCAGAUGUAGAGCAAGUGCCAAAGGACAUUCUCAUCGGAGUGAUGUGUAUAAUGCUGUAGGUAUUGGUUAGCAGAAAAUGGGUGAAUAGUUUUGCUUAAAAAGACAUAUAAUGUCAUUGUUAAUAUUUCAUCUCUCUAGCUAUAUAGAAAGCUUCUGUAGUGGAAAUAUUUGUCUGAAUAUGGUAUGCUAUUAGCUAAGCUCUAGCUAAGAGCUGCUAAGAGGUCAAUUGUAUCUUGGUGCUCUUUACAUGAAUUUAGCAACCGUACACAGUAACAGGUGUGCCAAACUACCAUCUAGAUUUCAUGUUUUCAAUCGUUCUUAUUGUAUUUUCAAUUUCUAAAUGGCAAUUUUAUUUAGAAUCUACCUGUGUCAAUGAAUUUUUAAAAUAUCUCGCAACAGUCAGCGUAGAUUGUGAAGUGUGUGAUCAAGAUGUGAUCAUUUUAAGGGUAUAAUGUAAAGGGAAAACUAUGUGUUACUGUGCUGCUGCUGUUAUUUGUAGUUUGAAUUCUGAGAAAAAGUCAAAAUUGUGAUAUUAUGUUUUGGGUUACAUUUUAACCCAGAUAUGUUGUAAAUUAAAUUUUAGUGAAGUUUUAUGGAAGUUUCCUUUAGGACCCACUUGUUAGAUUGUGUAAUGAAACGAUAGAUUAGAUUAAGAAGCAGUGUUGUGGAGAAUUUUUUUCAUGACAUUUAAGAAAGAAGAAGACAUCACAGGCAGAUCAGAUUUAAAUGCUGUUUUCUAGAACUAUUACUACUACUAUAUAUUUUGUUGUAGAAUGGCUGCAUUAAAUGUCAUAGCCUCCUAAUGACCUUUUUACCCGUCCCAACUGUUUGGUUUAAAUCUAGAAAAAAAGUAAGGUAUGUUGCAAAUGGCUCAUAUUUAUGGCUCAAGUGUGUUUGAGUAUAUCAAGAUUAAAAUAUUGUGUUUUGCAUUCCUUUUCAACUUGUUUGAACUCCAUGUCUUAUUGUUAUUUUAAUGAUACAAAAUUAUGAGUGCGGGAUGUAGUAGUCAUUUAUCAAUAUUAGUCCUUAAAGAUGUUAGUUACUUAUUACCUUAUGUAUUCGUAUUAUUCUAUUAUUCAUUCAAUUUAGAACUCAUUUUUUCUGGGGGAGGUUGUAUCUCAUUUAUUGUCUUUUAUGUAUUAUUUGAAAAAGACCCUUAUUUCUGUUUGAAGUGUGUAUUGUACCAGAGGUUUUAUGGUUCCUAGCCAGAGCUGCCAUCCUGCAGGUGUUCAGAAUCUCUUAAAUCAUGUAUUUUUAUUAUUUUAACCUCUUAACCAGGAACAAUUUCAUCACAUAGAAUAAAGAUACAUUUUUAUUUACCCUUGUUUGGCACCUUUGUUUUAAUAUCCAUAAUGUGACAUCUAAUAAUGUUAAAAUUUAACGUUGAAAGGCAAGUUUACUGCCUCAUCUUUCUGUAUCUGGUUUGAGUGUGUCUUUUGCAAUAUUUUUUAUCUGGAGUUGCUGGAGAUAAAGGCGAAAAUUAAUAACCGGUUUCCUCAUCUAUCUAGUACCUUACCAUAUGUGGAGCUAAGCUGGUGUAUUAGCCAAGUUUCUCUGCUAUGAUCUCUUUUUGGAAGUUUUGAGAAAUUUGUGCAGCUUAGGUACAUCAAUUUCAUUUUCCUCGCAGGAAUAUCCUUGGUGUUACCUGUGAUCAUUUUAAUCUGAGUUUUAAUGGAUGUUUAAUUAUUUAGGUAUUGGACUUUAUCAAACAUAUCUUUUUCUCCUCAUUUCACAGUCUACUGAUAGAGGACUGUGAGGCUUAGUGAUGAUAAUAAAAAUAAUAGUAUAAUGAGAUCAGGUCUCACCCUCUGCAUGAAGAAAAUUAAACAUUUCCUGAGAACACCCCUUAAGAAGGAUUGUGUCAUGAAUCUUUAUAUUCAGUAUCACAUGUGCAGUAUUGAAUUGCAUCUUGGAAUGGUUUUCAGGAAGAAGGCUAAAGAAAUUCUCUGUCUCAAAUUUUCUAAAAUAUUUGUGAGCUUCCAAGAAAAUUACGGUAGUCUUCGUGUUUUCCGUUUUUACUUUACGCUUGUGGAGUAAAGAGCUUUCUGUAGAUAAUGUGUAGGAUUCUGAUUGUUCUCAAUAUUGUUUGAUUGUAUUAGGGACCAGUAGCCGUAUGUGAACUGGCAAGUUUCAGGUUGCUCCUUGUGUAAAAUUGGAGCUUGAUAGAGUUCUGUUGAUUGCUGUAGAAUAUUUGUGUAUAUAGACUUAAAAAAUAUUUUCCUUACUUGUGAGUUGGUCUUUUGAAGUUUCAGUUUAUUUAGGUUCCUUGCAGGUUCAAGAAACAGUCUUUGAUUCAGUGUCAAAUUUCAGUUCAUACCACUCAUUUCUUUGUGUCAAGUUUCUGGUCUUGAUAAGUGUUUUAUUAUCUUUAUUUGAUGGAUUAUUGUUUGUAAUUUGCCUAAGUCCAAUUCAAAACAAUUCAUCAAUGUAUGCCAAAAUAUUUAGAAGUAAGCAAUUGAGAGAAUUAGAAUGCGUACUUCUUACUAUCUUAUUGUAUCAUGGUCUUUUGGUAAUUUAAACAAGAUGUGUGUACCUUCAAGCUCACAACUUUUUAAAACAUUACCAACUGCAUACAAUUUUUAGUGUUAGAACCAUGUCAGAAAAUAGACUAAAAUUUGUAGACUACAGAACUUAAGCAUUGUGAUUGUUGGCUCUUCUUUGCUAUGCUGUUUCCCUUCUUUGUAUCACAUAAAUUUGCUGUGAAAUAUAUCAGCUGGAUCUGAUGGUAACACAUAUUUUUGUGACAAGAUCUUAUUUUGUAAGGGAAAAUUUUAUUGGAUGCAUUGGGACAUGAAUGUGAAUCUGCCUGUACAUGAUGCACCGUACAGACAUUUCAGCCAACUUGUGUUCAGUAAUAAAUAAUAAUCACAUGCUGAA